AUGUUAUACUAUACAUUAGUGUUCCUAUUUAUUUCAUUGGUUAGUUGUCAACCAACACCAAUCAGUGGUCCACUCAUUACACCAUUACCACAAACUUACACUUUCGGAAGUGGUGUCAUUCGAUUGAAUACUGGCUUUUUUGAUAUUGCUGCUAAUAUCGAAUCUGACCUUCUUAAUAAUGCAAUUCUUAGAUACCAAAAAUUGUUCUUCCCUUUCGGUGUAGGAUACCCAACCAACAAUCCGAUUGCCACUCUAAACAUCAAGGUUUCCUCAGACUCUGAAAUUCUUCAACUCUAUGUUAGUGAGAACUAUACAAUUUCCGUUGAAAUGGUUGGCCAAUCACCUCAAUUAGAGAUCAUAGCCGAUACGAUCUUUGGAGCAAUGAGAGCACUCGAAACUUUUUCACAAUUGAUUAGUUAUGAUGCCCAGAGCCAGAGUUAUUCGAUUCCUUUUGUUCCAAUCUACAUUGAUGACUUCCCACGUUUCCCAUGGCGUGGUCUACAGAUUGACACUGGUCGUCACUUUAUUCCUACUUCUUUCUUAAUGCACAUCAUUGAAUCAUGUGCCUACAGCAAGCUGAAUACUCUUCAUUGGCAUGUAUCCGAUGGUGAAUCAUUCCCAGCUGAAUCGAAAUCACUACCAAAUAUAACAUUGGGUGCUUUUGGACCACUAGCAAUCUAUACCAUUGCUGACAUGGAAGAAAUCGUCGCCUAUGGUCUCUCAUGGGGAGUUAGAGUUCUUCCAGAGUUUGACGUUCCAGCUCACAGCUUCAGUUGGAGUACUGCCUUUCCCGGGAUAAUGGCAAACUGCCCAGGUGAUAGUGAUUUGGACGGUUGGCCAUUAAGUCCAGCGCUCCCAGAAGCAUAUGAUCUCAUCUCCAAGAUUUACACUGACAUGUCAGAGAUCUUCAUUGAUAAGUAUUUCCAUUCCGGUGGUGACGAAUUACCAUACGCCUGUUGGGAUAACGAUCCAGUUAUCGCCAAUUGGAUGACACAAAACAAUUUCUCUACCACCCAAGCUGAACAAUAUUUCGAAGAUCAAAUCACCAAUAUUCUUGAUGGUUUGCAAAAGACCAAAGUUAUUUGGCACGAUCCGUUCGCCAAUGGAUGUGAAGUCCGUAAGGAUACCGUUCUCCAAGUGUGGGACAACGCUCAAAUGGCACAACAAGUUGUUAACGCUGGAAUCAGAGCUAUUGUUUCCUACGAUUGGUACUUGGACAUGCAGAUUCCAGUUCCAGGACACACUCACUAUGAAUAUGAAGAUACCUGGUUGGAUUUCUAUGCCGCCGAUCCAUUGAUGGGUGUCACUACCAAUACCGAACUUGUCAUUGGUGGAGAAUCAUGUAUGUGGGGAGAGCAAGUCGAUCAUAGAAACUUUGAUGUCAGAGUUUGGCCAAGAACUAUUGCUAUAGCUGAACGUUUGUGGUCCAAUGAAAAUGUUACCGAUACCAACAAAGCACUUACAAGAUUUGAUCCAUUCUCAUGCCACAUCUCGAACCGUGGAAUCAAUUCCGGUCCACUCUACCCAGACUACUGUUUAUUAACCAGUGAUUUCUCACAAUACUCUCAUCAACCACGUUUCAAACUUACCAAAGAGCAAAUUAAAAAUAUUUAUAACUCUCAAAAGUAA